AUGACACCCAGCAACACACAGUCCACAACCAUUCUUGAUGAUGGUUCAAGCAAAAUCCAUACAACAUCAUCACCAACCACCAAGACAGCAUCAAGAAAGAAGUCUUCUAAAUCAGGAAAGACCAAGAUUAAAUACAAUGCGAAUGGAUCUUCCACAGUUUCAUUCAAAUUGGAUAAAGACUGUGUUAAGCAACAAUACCAUUCGGCCUCUUCAGCCCCAACCAAGAAGAGAAAUUCCUCAAAACUCAUGUUUGUUGAUGAAAGUGAUGCAGCACCCAACAGCAGCAGCAGCUCAGAUGCUACCUCUCAAGACUCCUCUUCCUACUCAGCCACUACUGGAAAAUCAUCAUCGGGCAACAACAGUUCCAACACUGCUGUAACCUUUGGACAUCAUAAUGUGAAUAAGCGAUUAUGUAAACUUAGAAAGCAGCUCAAGAGUUGUGAUCAUUUCACGGAUAAUUACUUUGUGAUUGACUUAACCUCAAAGGGUGGACAAAGCAAACCUCAAGUGGUUUCCUUCAAGAGCCCUACGGAACACUUUAUUCUUCAUGAUGACCAUACAACUUCCGACUCCUCGGAAACAAGUCCAAAACAUUCGACUCCCUCGAGCGAGUAUGACAAUGGAGUGUUGAACAAUUGUGAUGAAGAAGACCCAUCUUCUGAAGACCACGAUGCCAAGCAACAAACUCACAAGAGAAAGAGAAAGAAAUCUCAAGAACCUCAGAAUGGUGACACUAAAAAGUGUAAAGUUUCCAACAAGAAACAAGUGACCACUACGACCACCACCAAUGUCAUUCAAGAAGGAACAACAGCUCAACCCUCCUCGGAACUCAUGAAUUCCGGCGGCUCAAAUCCUCUUCUUGAGGAACUGAAGAAACAAGAUCCAAUGCUGCUUGCACAACUCUUACAAGACUUGCUUCAACAAAAUGGAAGCGAAGUGUUCAAGCAAAUGCAAAACAUGUUACUUUCUCAAUUCCAACUUGAAGUUCAAAAUUUAAUGAGACAAGCCUUAGAACAACAAUAUGCAACAUUGAUACCAAGCUCUGUAGAUAUCACCCCUGCUGCUACUACUAACCUUGCCAACACAUCCAUGACUGACAAUACAAUCGACAAUGAUAUCUUUGCUGACGACCUGCUUCGAUUAUUGGACGAAGAGCCUUCCACCAACUGUACAAUGACUUCCACACCAUCUGCUUUGGAGUACACACCAACAUCGCCUCUUUCUACAUUGGCUCCUGACCAUCAAGAAAUACUCAUGGAACAGGGCGAUUGUUUGAUUGAACAUCUCUAA